GGCUCAGCCGGUAAAACUGUUUCUUUUUGUCUAAAGUGAUGUGAUUGACACUUUCUUAACAACAAAUUAUAUUCCUUAUUACUGUUAAUAAAUUGUUACUACCGCUUAGUGUUGUUGGGGAAGAGCUAUGCACAAUUUAAAUCCAGAAGGUCAGUACACGAACGUCAAUGGGGCUCCCAACCCAGAGAAAAUAUGUAUCCUGGACGCCGGCGCCCAGUACGGCAAAGUAAUCGACAGGAAAGUGAGGGAGCUGUGCGUCGAGUCCCAUAUAUUGCCGCUAGACACUCCCGCUUUUAAUAUAAAGGAAGGUGGCUAUAAGGCCAUCAUUAUAUCGGGAGGACCGAAUUCUGUAUACGCGGAGGAUGCGCCCCGAUACGAUGCUGAUAUAUUCAGGAUAGGUCUGCCUGUCUUAGGUAUUUGCUAUGGAAUGCAGAUGAUGAACAAGGAGUUCGGUGGUACCGUUACAAGAAGGGAAACCAGAGAGGAUGGUGUGUUUACCAUAGAAGUUAACACGAAAUGUUUGCUUUUUAAAGGAUUGGAUAAAAUGCAGCAGGUCCUGCUGACCCACGGCGAUUCCAUAGACAAGGUGGCGGAGAACUUCCGGCCCAUAGCGCAGAGCUCGUCGUUCUGCGCCGGCAUCUACAACGAGAAGCUCCACCUCUACGGCGUCCAGUUCCACCCCGAGGUAGACCUGACGCCGAACGGCAAGACGAUGCUGAAGAACUUCCUGUUCGACAUAGCCGGCCUGACGGGGAACUACACGAUACAGGGCCGCGAGGCGGAGUGCAUAAAGUACAUCAAAGACACCGUCGGCAACAACAAGGUGCUCCUGCUGGUGAGCGGCGGCGUGGACAGUACCGUAUGCGCGGCGUUGCUGCACAAGGCGCUGCGGCCCGACCAGAUCAUCGCGAUACACAUCGACAACGGCUUCAUGAGGAAAAACGAGAGCGCCAAGGUGCACAACUCGCUGCAGAAGGUCGGGCUGAACUUGAGGGUGAUAAAGGCGGGGUCGAGUUUCUCCGAGGGCACCACCGUCGUGCCCAUCGACAAGCAGGAGGGUAACUCCAGGACCCGGAUCACCAAGAUGCUCUGUAUGACGUCCAACCCGGAGGAGAAGCGGAAGAUUAUCGGGGAUAUUUUCGUGAAGAUAUCGGACGAGAUCGUCGCGGAUCUUAACCUGAAGGCGGAGGAAGUGUUUUUGGGACAGGGCACGCUCAGACCCGACUUGAUCGAGUCCGCCUCGAAGCUGGUCUCGUCCAAGGCCGAUACUAUAAAGACGCAUCACAAUGAUUCGCAGCUAAUUAGGAAGCUUAGGGAGGAAGGUAGGGUAGUGGAGCCGUUGAAGGACUUCCACAAGGACGAGGUGAGGGCGAUAGGCAGGGACUUGGGUUUGCCACAGGAAUUAGUUAUGAGGCACCCGUUCCCGGGACCCGGCCUCGCGAUCAGGGUCCUGUGCGCCGAGGAACCUUACAUGGAAAGGGACUUCUCCGAGACUCAGGUUCUAGUGAAAAUAAUCGUGGAGUUCGAUCAAAUGUUGCAGAAGAAGCACGCUCUCUUGAACAGAGUGGAAGGAGUGACAAACGAUGAGGAAAGGGUCAUACUGAGAAGGAUAUCGAGCAAACAGAAGUUGGCCGCCACGCUGCUCCCGAUCCGCAGCGUCGGCGUCCAGGGCGACUGCCGCUCGUACAGCUACGUCGUGGGCAUUUCAAGUGAGAGAGAACCAGACUGGGACGAUAUGAUGUUCUUAUCCUGCCUUAUACCCAGAAUAUGCCGUAAUGUCAAUCGGGUGUGUUACGUGUUCGGCGGUAUCGUUAAGGAGCCCCUGCCCGACGUCACGCCCACCUAUCUCACCAGUAACGUUCUUAGCACUUUGCGCCAGUGUGACGACGUGGCUACGGGUGUGUUACAUAAUAGCGGACAAAACGCUUCAGUGAGUCAAAUGCCUGUGAUUCUUAUUCCCCUGCACUUCGAUAGGGAUCAGGCUUUAAGGAUUCCUUCGUGUCAGAGAUCCGUCGUUCUCAGGCCUUUCUGCACGCUCGACUUCAUGACCGGGACACCCGCCAUUCCCGGGAAACAGUUGCCUGUCGAAGUGGUACAAAGGAUGGUGCAGGAAGUGGUACAAGUGCCGGGAAUUUCUAGAGUUUUAUACGACUUAACCUCAAAGCCGCCUGGAACAACCGAAUGGGAAUGAUAAUCGAAAACCACCACGUAUGAUGUAUAAAUUAUUAAUGUAAUUUGUUAGAUUGAAAAGACUUUAAAGAAGGUUUCUUGUUUUAUUAUUUGAAUCUGUUUUGUAUAAAUUAUAACGUUACAAUACCUUUCUGAUCUGUUUAGGUUAUCGAGAAGAAUGCACCACAAGACAGCUCAAAUGUUAUAAUACUAUAAUUGUGAGUAUAUGCAAGAAAAUUGUUAAUCAUUUGUAAUUUCUAUGUUAUCGGUUUAAGUUUUCCUGUAAUAAACUUUUUAUUUGUAA